UCAGGUUGGGGCUCUUUAGUGAGAAUCAGUGAAGAAGUGGUUUCCUGGAUGACUUCAUCAGUCUUUCUUUGAGUGUUUAAUGAAACAGAAAAUAUCUUCUCCAGGUGAAGACUCGGCUUCACAGAUCCCACCUGGACAGAAAUGUUGGCGUCAGGUUAGAGGAGACUCAGCUUCAGAUUCAAAGAUGGUCGGUGUUUCUGGUUCAUGUCUCUGAAUGACUGAAGUCCAGAAGAUGGAUGAUUGUGUGGAGGAAGAGGAGGAGAGACCAGAGUCUCCAGGAUCCAGCUGUCCGUCUAUGAAGAGUGACCGGUCCAAAGAAAAUCCUCCAGACUUCAGUAAAGAACCUGGACCCUCAGACACAGAAGGGAGGAAGAGGAGAAGAGUUGGUGUGGAGGAGCAGCCGUCCAGUCAGAGCAGAACUGUACCAGCAGAUGCUGGUCUGCAGGAGGUCCUAGAUGAACACAAGACCAGUCUGAGGAGCAGAUGUGAACAUGUGACUGAAGGAACUGAUGAACCAGGAAGUAGAACCCCCCUCAACAGGAUCUACACGGAGCUCUUCAUCACAGAGGGACUGAGUGAAGAGGUCGAUACCCAACAUGAGGUGAGGCAGCUGGAGACAGCUUCCAGGAUGAAGAGCCGCCAUGACGCUCCAAUCAGGUGCCAGGACAUCUUUAAAGCCUUACCUGACCAACGUGGAGCCAUCAGAGUGGUUCUGACGAACGGCGUCGCUGGCGCUGGGAAAACCUUCUCGGUUCAGAAGUUCUCUCUGGACUGGGCCGAGGGCUCGGAGAACCAAGACGUCACCGUGGUGAUUCUGCUCUCGUUCAGGGAGCUGCACCUGAUCGGAGAUGAGCAGCUCAGUCUUCUCAGGCUGAUCCAGGUUUUCCAUCCAUCGUUACAGAAGCUCACAGCAGAGCAGCUGGCUGCCGGGAAACCGUUGUUCAUCUUUGACGGUCUGGAUGAAAGCAGACGUUCCCUGGACUUCAACAACGGUCCGGUCGUGUCUGACGUCACACAGAGCUCAUCGGUCAACGUGCUGCUGACCAACCUCAUCCAGGGGAACCUGCUUCCCUCAGCUCUCAUCUGGAUCACUUCCAGACCUGCAGCAGCCAAUCAGAUCCCUCACAAACACGUGGACAGGGUGACAGAAGUACGAGGCUUCACCGACGGCCAGAAGGAGGAAUACUUCAGGAGGAGGUUCAGGGAUGAAGAGCGGUCCAGCAGCAUCGUCUCCCACAUGAAGACAUCCAGAACCCUCCACAUCAUGUGUCAACUCCCGGUCUUCUGCUGGAUCACUGCUACAGUUCUGGACCACAUGUUCACCACAGAGCAAAGAGGAGAGCUGCCCAAGACCCUGACUGACAUGUUCUCCCACUUCCUGCUGGUCCAGACCAAGAGGAAGAGGAACAAGUACCAGGAGGGACAUGAGACGAGUCCACAGGAGCUGACGGAGGCUGACAGGGACCUUCUCCUGAAGCUGGGGAGGCUGGCGUUGGAACAUCUGGAGAAAGGAAACAUCAUGUUCUACCAAGAAGACCUGGAGCAGUGUGGUCUUGAUGUCCCAGAGGCCUCGGUGUACUCAGGAGUUUGUACCCAGAUCUUCAGGAGAGAGUGUGAGGUCUUCCAGAAACCCGUCUACUGCUUUGUUCAUCUGAGCAUCCAGGAGUUCCUGGCUGCAGUCUACGUGCUCCACUGUUGGUCCACCGAAAACACAGAUGUGCUGGAGAACUUCCUGGGAGGAAACUACAGAUACUCAUCUCUGGAUGAGUUCCUGGAGAGAGUCAUGGAGAAAUCCCUGGACAGUAAAAAUGGCCACCUGGACCUGUUUGUCCGCUUCCUUCAUGGUCUCUCUGUGGAGUCCAACCAGAGACUGUUAGGAGGUCUGCUGGACCUGACGGAGAACGAUCCAGAAACCAUCCAGAGAGUCAUCAACAACCUGAAGCAGAACACUGGCAGUAUCUCUCCUGACAGAAGCAUCAACAUGUUCCAGUGUCUGAUGGAGAUGAACGACCUCUCAGUCCAUCAGCAGAUCCAACAGUUCCUGAAGUCAGAGAACAGAUCAGAGCAGGAACUCUCUGAGAUCCAGUGUUCAGCUCUGGCCUACAUGCUGCAGAUGUCGGAGGAGGUUCUGGAUGAGUUGGACCUGAACAAGUACAAGACAACACCAUUGGGUAGACUGAGACUGAUUCCAGCUGUGAGGAACUGCAGAAAGGCUCGAUUUGUUGGUUGUUUUCUCUCAGAGACUGAAUGUGAAGUUGUUGCAUCCGCUCUGAAGUCCAACCCCUCCCAUCUGACAGAACUGGACCUGAGUCAGAACCAGAAGCUGCAGGAUUCAGGAGUGAAGGUUCUGUCUGGUGGACUGGAGAGUCCAAACUGUAGACUGGAGACUCUGAGAUUGCAGGACUGCAGGAUGUCAGAGAUCAGCUGUUCUUCUCUGGGCUCAGCUCUGAAGUCCAACCCCUCCCAUCUGGAACAUCUGGACCUGAGUCUGAACUACCUGCAGGAUUCAGGAGUGAAACAUCUGUGGGGUUUUCUGAAGAGUCCAGACUGCAGACUGGAGACUCUGAGGUUGGAGGGUUGCGUGUUGUCAGAGAUCAGCUGUUCUUCUCUGGUCUCAGCUCUGAAGUCCAACCCCUCCCACCUGAAACAUCUGGACCUGAGCUGGAACCAGCUGCAGGAUUCAGGAGUGAAACAUCUGUGUGGUUUCCUGGAGAGUCCAGACUGCAGACUGGAGACUCUGAGCUUGCAGUGCUGCGGUCUGUCAGAGAUCAGCUGUUCUUCUCUGGUCUCAGCUCUGAAGUCCAACCCCUCCCAUCUGAAACAUCUGGACCUGAGAUUCAACUACAAGCUGCAGGCUGCAGAUGUGGAGCAGCUGUCUGAUCUGGUGGAGAGUCCACACUACCAGCUGCAGACUCUCAGGUGGGAGCGCUGCAGUUUGUCAGAGAUCAGAUGUGAUGAUCUGGUCUCAGCUCUGGAGUCCAACCCGUCUGAUCUGGAACAUCUGGACCUGAGUAACAACACCCUGCAGGAUUCAGAUGUGAAGCAGCUGUGUGUUCUUCUGGAGAGUCCAGACUGCAGACUGGAGACUCUGAGGUUGGAGAAAUGCUAUAUGUCAGAGAUCAGCUGUUCUUCUCUGGUCUCAGUUCUGAAGUCCAACCCCUCCCAUCUGAAACAUCUGAAAGAUCUGGACCUGAGUGACAACAAGCUGCAGUAUUCAGGAGUGAAACAUCUGUGUGGUUUCCUGGAGAGUCCAGACUGCAGACUGGAGACUCUGAGGUUGGAGCACUGCGGUCUGUCAGAGAUCAGCUGUUCUUCUCUGGUCUCGGCUCUGAAGUCCAACCCCUCCCAUCUGAAACAUCUGAAACAUCUGGACCUGAGUGCUAACUACCUGCAGGAUUCAGGAGUGAAACAUCUGUGUGGUUUCCUGGAGAGUCCAGACUGCAGACUGGAGACUCUGAAGUUGGAGCGCUGCGGUCUGUCAGGGAUCAGCUGUUCUUCUCUGGUCUCAGCUCUGAAGUCCAACCCCUCCCACCUGAAACAUCUGGACCUGAGUGACAACGACCUGCAGGAUUCAGGAGUGAAACAUCUGUGUGGUUUCCUGGAGAGUCCAGACUGCAGACUGGAGACUCUGAGGUUGGAGUUCUGUGGUCUGUCAGGGAUCAGCUGUUCUUCUCUGGUCUCAGCUCUGAAGUCCAACCCCUCCCACCUGAAACAUCUGGACCUGAGCAGGAACUACGACCUGAAGGUUGCAGAUGUGCAGCAGCUGUCUAAACUGGUGCAGAGUCCACACUACCAGCUGCAGACUCUCAGAACAAAUUGGAGCCAAACAGACGACGGUGGACCAGGUGGACUCUUCACAGAGGAGACGUCCUCCUAUAAUCUCUCAACACCAGCAAAGGUUGGUGAAGCUUGUGGCUCCACCAACCUCCACCUCUCCCCUCAUCAAACACCCUGGUCUGCUCCCACCGCACCUUCCUGCUCUCAGACUAACAUUCCUUCUGUCCCUGGUCCUAAAUCUGCUGAAAGCGGCAGUGAAGAGACACAACAGCGUGAAGAAGACUCCAACCUGGGAGAAGGAUGUGAGCCUUUUAUCAGAAUGAAGGCGAUCCCAGCGAGCAACGCUCCGCCUUCCUCUGGUCCUCUAAAACUCUCCACCACAGGUUCCUGUGAGAGGAAGGAAAAGUCCUGCAGCAGGUCCCGUUCAAGCAGCUUUCCCUCGCCCACUCAUCAACCUUCUGCAGAAAGCAGAGCCCUAAAAAGAUGUGGAAGUUUCCCUGCCGGGAACCUGAGCAGCAGCUUUGAGGAGUUCACACCUGCCUGCACUGAUGAGUCUGCUGGUGAAAGCUACAGGUUCCAGUGCUCCCGUCCAGGUCAGUACCAGUGCAGAGAGACGGCUCUGGUGUUCCACAUGAAGGACGGAGGCCAGGUUCUGUACAGGAUCCUUCCUUGGAGCAGGAGCCAGCUGAGCCCACAUCACAAGAAGCCUGCAGGACCCCUGUUUGACAUCAGGUGUGUGAAGGAGGGGUCCAUGUGUCAGCUUCACCUCCCUCACUGUGAGAUCCGCUCCACAGGGGGAUGUCGCUUCUUGUCGGUCGCUCACGUGAACGAUGAUGGCAUCGAGUUCAUCAGGCCUCAGAAGAUAACAGAAACUCAUGUUGUCAUCGACGUCACAGGGUUUUCUUGUUACGGUAAUGUCAAAGAUGAAGCCUCUCCCUCUGUUCCGAUCCGAGCGUUGGUUCUGCCGUUCUACAAGCCUCCACAGGAUCCAGACACUGAACACAUCAUCAACGUGUUGCUGCUCCCAGAUAAUGUUUCUGUCAGUGAUGUUGUUCGCUCCAGGAAAAAACUAGACAGAGAUGAGACGUACGUACGAACCCCAGCUCGCUGUAAACUGCAGCCCCAGCAGGUUUACUCUCUGACCACCAGUCCUGGAGGAGACUCCGUUGAAGUCCAGCCUACAGAGGCUGAAUUUUUUGAAGACUCCUACAACAACUACUUAGAAACGUUCCAGCUGAUUUAUGAAACGAAGAUGAAACACAUCAGACUGAGUUUGAAGGACAGCAGCUCCAACGGUGUCUGGGAAAGACGGGUUUGUGUUUCUUCCUCUGAGGUAAAAGCGUCUCCUGGAUCAGCCCGUCUGAACCUCCCGCCACAAGAGCAGCUGCUGGAAGUCCGGAGCAGCCUCGUUGAGAGGAUCUCAGAACCUAACCUCCAGAGCCUGCUGGACAAACUCCUGGAGAGACGUGUCAUCAAUUAUGAUGAGUUGGAGACGGCAAAGGAGAAGACAAACAGAGGAGAGAGAACUCGCUGUGUUGUUGAUACGGUGAGCAAAAAAGGUCGAGAUGCAAGUUCAGAGAUGAUUGAGAUUCUCAAUGACCUGGACCCGUUCCUCUGUCGAGAUCUGGCCUUGAUCUGAAGAGCAUUACUGCCCCCUUAAACUGCACAUGUGUGGAAGCUGCAUCAUGAUUUCCAGGAAGGAGUUUUGAUCCCAACUCUUGCCAUCAGAAAUAUCUGCUCAACUAAUCACCACAGAGGGUUUUCUCUGAAACAGCUGUUCUAAAUCUCCUGGAAACAACAUUCCUGGGAGGUUUACCCACACACACCGUGCAUCUCUGCAGGAUGGAGGUUUCUUUCCAGUAGCAAGUUGCUUUAUGGCGCCUCAGCUGUUGGUAAGUGUCUGCAUUGCCAGGAACGGCCCUCCAACAAGAAUUAUGGGAAAGUUCUGCAAGGCAAAGACGAGGUCCUGCCUCAUGUUAAGUGUUAACUCGGUUCUUCAGCAGAAGAUGAUCUGCAGCCCUCCUGACGUUCCCUCACACUUCUACACUUCUAAUUCAUGUUGAUCGUUGCUGUUUAUGCAAAAGCAGCAACAGAAACUCAGCAACCAUCUCAGCUCCUUCAGGUUCAUCUGCUCGUUGCUGGUUUUGUCUUCUUGGUUCUUCUUCAUCGUCUGUUUCAUUCACUGCAGUGGUGGCUGGCCACCAGCAGAAGUGGCACACUACUGCCACCUAGUGGUCCUGAGCAGGACUUUGCUGAGCCAGCGGAUCCUCCCAGGUCCAGCCCUGUAAUGGACACAUGACGGCUGAAAAGACGGAGGAUCUGGUCGUACCGUUACCUUCCAGCCUUCCAGCUUUUAUCCUGAGUGGAUGCUGAUGGAAACCCACUCAUCUGACUAUACUUGGCCUCCCACUCAAGACGCUUUCUGUUUCCAGGGUGUAAUGUGUCUCUCCAGUCCAGUUGUGUCUUAAUCUUGGUAGUUUUCUUGUUUUCUAACUCUUCAGACAGAUAAGAUGGAUGUUUGAUACCAACUAUAAACAUGUAUCUUUAACAUGAAUUAACUGUAGCUGUGAACUUAUUUUGUGGACGUGUUGUUUUCCCACAGAAAUAUAUUUGAUCAUACAAAGACCUCAUAGUUUCUUCCUGCAGCUCAUACAGGGUUUCCACUGGGUUUUGAAAAGUAUUAAAAAGUGAUAAAUGAAAAUUGCCAAAUUUAAGGCCAUUAAAAGUGUUAAAUUCACUGCCAGAGGUGUUAUUUUUUUUUAUUUGGUAUUAUUUUUUACCUUUAACAUUUUAAGCAGUCUAUUUUAUUGUCAUUCACAAAGUGAAAUAAAUGUGAAACAUCUGGUCAACAUCAGUUGUCUAUAAAUCUGUUCUGUAUAGUGUUCUAUAGGUCAAAAUCUGUAUUAAUGUUAAAAGGUGAUCAACACUUAAUGUUGUGACAGUUUUUUAAAAAAAUCUGAAGGUAGUGAAAAAGGUAUUACAUUUGGUAUUAAAUUUAACAUAAGGAUUGCUGUAUAAACCCUGUCAUAAAAGAGCCUGUUGCUCAACAAGAUAUUUUUCUGUUACCUUUUAAGGUAAAAGCAGCAAAUGAAAGCUCUUAACCUUUUCCCCCCCGAGGGAUUUUGGAGGUAAAUUUCACCUGAAGAGGCCUAUCCAAAUUAAAUCCACAAUAUCUCCACAAUUAUAUGGACAAUAUGCAUAAUGUUGGUCUCAAUGGAUAGUUAAGACCUCCCAGCAUGCAUUUCCAGUGUCAGAAAAAUUGUGAAUGUUCACAUGUCUGAGCAAAUUGUGAUAAAACAAAGAAAAAAUUGAAAUGUUUAUUCUUGUUUUUUUCAGUGGAAAACACCUGGAUAGCAAUGCAUAUAAUUAUAAAGACACCACUGUCUGAAUUCAGCAACUCCUUGACUACAACUGUACCAAGUUACAUGAGAAUAGCUUAAAGCACAUGGAUUUUAUAAAGGUUUUAGUGUGGAUAGUACCAGGCGGAAUACCUGUCAAGUUUUGGAUAUAAAAAUACGUGAAAUGUUCCCGCCGCUGUCCCAGCAGCUCAACCGAGGUCCAGUAUCUUACAUUUAAGACAGAUUUAGGAGAAAUCCAAAAUAACAAGCUGUCAACCACUUACAAACUACAAUUAUGUGCUCGUAGCCUGAUAGGACGACCUUUGUUGACACUGAAAUGCUGUGUACUUCCUAUGUAUGUAAUUCCUAUAAUAGAACCUAAAUGAAAACACAAAGGGGAAUUAAAGCACAUUUAUUUUU